AUGACUAAUUAUUCAAUAAUCGAAUUUAAAUUGCGUCGAUUUAUAUUCUUGGGAGAAAAAACUUCAAUUUAUGUUUCCCCAGUUCACAAGGAAGAAUUCUGGAAAGAUAAAAAUAGACAAGAUUCCAAAAUAACAGGUUUAAAAUUAAUUGGAGAUAUAAUAAGAAAAAAUAAAACUACAGAUAUUAAUUCUAUUGUUCCAAUAAUUUCAAAGUUUAGCUUGGAGAAUUGUCAAAAAAUGAAAACUGAUGCUUAUGCAAUGGUUUUAACCAUCUGCAUAGAUGGAUUAAAAUUAUUAAUGUUCUAUAAAUUUUGUAAUAGUGCUGCUAAGCUCCUCUAUAAAAACGGAUAUAUUUCUACAAAAUCUUCAGGUUUUGGUGGAGGCACUCAAAAGGUACUUCGAAAAUGGUAUCUCAGUAAAGAACCUCUCGAGACAAUUAAAGCCAUAAUGAAACAUAAGACCUAUUGUGGUAUUAAUCAUAAACAUGUUAUGGGCACAACUCAUCUCUAUUCGAAGGACCCAAGUCAUCAAAUUUACAUUACUUAUAUAUCAUUUGGUAUAAAAAGAAUGGUACAAACAUAUGAAGAAAAAUUGCUGAUAAAAGAUAAUGACAGCAAAGAGGAAAAAUUAUCAAAAACACUACAACUAUAUGUUUACAACUACAUUAAUGAAGCGCAUCGUAUACGUGAUUCAACAAAUAGUAAAUUAGCAAAAGAUUUGAAAUGGAAUAAUGUGGGAAAAGAUUAUGAAAUUGUAGUUUCAAAAAUGCUCAAGAGUCCAAAAGUUUUAACUAAUUUUGUUAAGCAAUUGCCAUUGAAAACAUUACUAGAUAAUACUUACACCUUUGCUCGACAUCACUUAUUUCAAAAUGAAACAGGUAACGAAGGCUGUAUGGAAUUUAUAUUGCGUUUCAAUAAUUAUAAGGCAAUACAAGAAGCUGAAAUACAUCCUAUACAGCCAUAUUUAGAAUAUUUAAGAUAUACUAGAUCUGGCCGAACUUAA